UCGCGCGAAGAGGUGACGCAAGCACCGUGCGGACGGCCGAAAACAGAGGCGCUUAUAUUGGCAUAAGAAACAGAACAACCAUGAACUGGAACAAAGGUGGUCCUGGUGUGAAGCGAGGAUUUGGUUUUGGGGGAUUUUCCCUUGCAGGAAAGAAAGAGGAGCCACAUCUUACUCAAAAAUCGCACACGUCAUUUGGAGCCACAGGAUCUGGAAGUGGGGGAUACGGAAAGAGCCAGCAGCUCCCAUCAUUCUACAAAAUAGGGACCAAAAGAGCUAAUUUUGAUGAGGAAAAUGCCUAUUUUGAAGACGAUGAAGAGGAAUCCAGCAGUAAUGUGGAUCUGCCUUAUAUCCCAGCUGAGAAUUCACCCACACGGCAGCAGAUGCAGUCUGGUGGUGGUUCAGACAGUGAAGAUGACCCCUUGGAUGCUUUCAUGGCAGAAGUUGAGAACCAAGCAGCUAAAGACAUGAGGAAACUAGAGGAAAAGGAAAAGGAGAAAAAGUCAGCCAAGGGUAUUCGUGAUGACAUUGAAGAAGAAGAUGAGCAAGAAGCUUACUUCCGCUACAUGGCAGAGAAUCCCACCGCUGGGCUAACACAAGAAGAAGAGGAGGAAAACAUUGAUUAUGACAGUGAUGGGAAUCCAAUUCCCUCUACAACCAAGAAAAUCAUCAUGCCACUUCCUCCUAUUGACCAUUCAGAGAUUGAUUAUCCACCCUUUGAGAAAAACUUUUACGAGGAGCAUGAGGAGCUAAGCUCCCUGACUGGAACUCAGGUGCUGGAGUUGAGGCACAAACUGAACUUGCGAGUAUCUGGUGCUGCCCCUCCAAAACCUUGUACCAGCUUUGCCCACUUUGGCUUUGAUGAGCAGCUAAUGCACCAAAUUCGGAAGUCUGAGUAUACUCAGCCCACACCAAUUCAGUGCCAGGGUGUCCCCAUUGCACUGUCAGGACGUGACAUGAUAGGUAUUGCAAAAACUGGCAGUGGCAAAACUGCAGCUUUUAUCUGGCCAAUGCUGGUUCAUAUUAUGGACCAAAAGGAACUGGAACCUGGGGAGGGACCCAUCGCAGUCAUUGUGUGCCCCACCAGAGAGCUUUGCCAGCAGAUCCAUGCAGAAUGUAAGCGCUUUGGGAAAGCCUACUCAUUGCGUUCAGUGGCUGUAUAUGGAGGAGGAAGCAUGUGGGAGCAGGCCAAGGCUUUGCAGGAGGGUGCAGAAAUUGUGGUGUGCACUCCAGGUCGUCUGAUAGACCAUGUUAAAAAGAAGGCCACAUCUCUGCAGAGAGUAACAUACCUGGUGUUUGAUGAGGCUGAUCGAAUGUUUGACAUGGGCUUCGAAUAUCAGGUUAGAUCCAUUGCCAGCCAUGUUCGCCCAGACAGACAGACUCUUCUGUUCAGUGCUACCUUUCGAAAGAAGAUAGAGCGAUUGGCAAGAGACAUUUUGGUUGAUCCCAUUCGUGUGGUGCAGGGAGACAUCGGAGAGGCCAAUGAGGAUGUGACUCAGGUAGUGGAACUGCUCAGUGGGUCAGAUAAAUGGAGCUGGCUGACUCGGCGGCUGGUUGAAUUCACCUCCACAGGAUCGGUCCUCAUUUUUGUCACCAAGAAGGCCAACUGUGAGGAGUUGGCUACUAACCUGACUCAAGAAGGCUACAGCCUGGGCCUCUUGCAUGGUGAUAUGGAUCAGAGUGAGAGGAACAAGGUCAUCAGUGACUUUAAGAAGAAGAACUUGCCCGUUCUGGUGGCCACUGAUGUAGCUGCUCGUGGUCUGGAUAUCCCAUCCAUUCGCACAGUGGUGAACUACGAUGUUGCACGAGACAUCGACACACACACUCACAGGAUUGGUCGAACUGGUCGUGCUGGAGAGAAAGGCGUGGCCUACACCCUCCUCACCAGUAAAGACACAUCAUUUGCUGGGGACCUGGUGCGGAACCUGGAGGGAGCCAAUCAGGCUGUUUCCAAAGAACUGAUGGACUUAGCCAUGCAGAAUCCCUGGUUCAGGAAGUCACGAUUCAAGGGUGGUAAAGGAAAGAAACUGAACAUUGGUGGAGGUGGUCUUGGUUAUAGAGAGAGACCCGGCCUUGGGGCUGAAAGUUCUGAACGUAGCAGCACCAGUAGCUUGCUGUCUUCCACUAGUAGCUAUGAAGGCUACAGCAAACCAACUACUGGGGCAAUGGGGGAUCGUAUGUCUGCAAUGAAGCAAGCCUUCCAGGCUCAAUAUAAGAGCCACUUUGUGGCUGCAUCCAGCGGCCCCCCAAAGCUCAGUGCCAAGUCUAGUGGCUCCUCAGGAUGGACGAGUGCCGGCAGCCUGAGCUCCGUGCCAACAGAGUCUGCCAAUGGCUCAGAACGGCUUCACAGUGCCACCUUGUCCAUGGUGGGCUUCACCAGUGCAGGCUCCCUGAGCUCAGUGACCCCCCCCACCAGUCAAACCAGUUCACAGCACAGCUACCCUCCACCUGCACCUCCCUCGCAGAGAGACAGCUCACGUGAUAGACAUGGGGAGGACCGGGUGCGCCACGGAGACAGUCAACACCGCCACAGCGACAGGAGCGAUCGAUAUAGUAGCGAGGAUCGCUACGGAGACCGGGAUCGUCAUGGAGAUAGAGAUCGUGACCGCCACAGCGACCGUGAUCGCCACAGCAGCAGCCGCCACAGCGACAGUCGGAAUGGAGAUGGAGCCAAGAGGGAGCGAGAUGAUCGGAGGAGUGAUAGGGAUGGGGGAGAUAGGGGGAGUGGAGACGGGCGAGACAGAAAUGAUAGCUUUGCUGUCCCCGAACCACCUAAACGUAGAAAGAGCAGAUGGGAUAACUAAAAAGAACAUAAACACGUGAAUAGAUUUUUAUGUGCAAUCGGCUGCUCCAUAACAAGCUUGUCUGUAUAGGCAGAUAGCUGGGCAUAUCAGAGGCUGACACAAGCACAGAGUCGUAGGGGGGAUUUUAUAGACUUUGAAUAGACGAGAAGUGUACUGAACCUCCUCUCAGGCUGGUUAGGACGUCAUAGUUUGGAGUUUACAGGUUGUUUAGAUCAACACAAGCCGCUCCAAGACAGUCAUUGUAUAUAUACCAUCGAGACUGUUGUUAUGUAAGUCAAGUCAAGCAAUACCGCUGUAAUAAAUCCUCCUGUCAGUAAACAAUCAGCGUUAGGAUGUGUUAUUGUUGUUUGUCUCACUGAGCUCCUAACAUGCUUUUGUGCUUGCAAACCUGAUGCUUUAUUUUCCCCCGUGGAUUUUUGCCAAGUGUGUUUGUAUUUUUUGCAUUUUGUUAAUCUACAAAGCUAACUCUUAGAACUGUUUGAUUUCUGAAGGCGCACUGUGAUCAUGCACAGCCACUCGGGUACAUGUCAAAACAACUAUGUAUAGUACUUUUCGUGUCUUGUAUUCAAGUUUUAGUGAAGUGCCUUUCUUUGGCAUUUAGUCUAUAUUCUAAAAUGUUUUCAAGAAAAUGCAUUUGUUUGAAAGGAAUUUCAGGUGUAAAUCACAUGGAAAAUGAGAGGUUUUUGAUUAAAAGGACUCCUUUGGCACCUGC